AUGAUGAUGGUCUUCAGAAUCCCUCUUGUUUUUGUCAUGGUGGUGAUGGUCUUCAGAAUCCUUUUUGUUUUUGUCAUGGUGGUGAUGGUCUGCAGAAUCAGUCUUGUUUUUGUCAUGAUGGUGAUGAUCUGCAUGAUCCUUCUUGUGUUCGUCAUGAUGGUGAUGAUCUGCAUGAUCCCUCUUGCUUUUGUCAUGGUGGUGAUGGUCUGCAUGAUCAGUCUUGGUUUUGUCAUGAUGGUGAUGGUCUGCAUGAUCAGUCUUGCUUUUGUCGUGAUGGUGAUGUGGAGGGUGCGCGCCAUCAUCGUGGGGAUGGUGGUGAUGGUCGGAAUGAGGAGAAUGUGGAUGGUGGUGAUGAUCAGAAUGAGGAUGGUGGUGAUGGUCGCGUUGGUCAUCAUUCUCGCGAUUAGAAGUGCAUGUAUUAUUUUUCUGACAUGUGUUAUUCUGGCCGCAUGUAUUAUUUUUCUGACAUGUGUUAUUCUGGCUGCGUGUGUUAUUCUGGCUGCAGGUGCUAUUUUUCUGACAUGUGUUAUUUUGCUGGUCAUGAUGGUCAUGAUCAGAAUGUGA